AUGAGCGGAAACGGACACACAUUCAGCGGCGGGCAGUCGAUAGGCAAGACCCAGGGCACCGCGCCCCUAACCUUGAGCCUCUCGGGCUUUCCUAACUUUGGGCUCGAAAACCUUGAUGGGAUUCAGAACCACUAUCAACCCGUCCGAUUCGAACAAAUCGCUCCAAACUUUGUCUCGAAGCACGUUCGGACAUUCUGCGACGACGACUCUGCCAAAGCAGGGCUGGCGAGCGAUCUCUCACCACCCGACCUGCCGCCGCUCAAGCCGCUCGCCAGAGAAGGCUUUGGCGUUGUCGUUAUGGCUGAUGUGAGCGGGUAUUCCAAGCUCACUUCGAUGCUGGCCGAACGCGGGCCGAUGGGAGCUGAGCUCCUCAGCAAAACGAUGAAGGGAUAUCUGGAUCAGAUCAUUCAAACGGUCCUGACCCAUGGAGGUGAUAUCGUCAAGUUUGCAGGCGACGCCGUCAUUGUGUACUGGAAAAUCGAAGGGCCAUGCGACGGAACAAAUAUCUCGCCGAACGACCCGGUCAGCAUAGCUCGAGGAGAGCUCGUCGUGAAGGCGUGCUACUGCUGUCUGGACAUGCUCAAGAAACUGGGGCGAUACAAAAUCAACAUCCCCGGAUGCGAGAUCGAGGACUUGCAAAUCCAUUUGGGCAUCGGCUCCGGGCAGCUGUACGAUGUACAUGUCGGUAUGACUGACCGAUGGGAACACUUCAUCGCCGGUGAAGCGGUCAACCAACUCAACCAUGUUCUGAAUGCAGCAAAGCCUGGCGAGCUGGCUAUCUCCCACCAGGCAUUCAAGUGGUUCUCGUUGGUGAUCGACAUAGAAACCAUCACCCUUGGGGCCUACAACAAAAAGUACAUUCUCCUGAACGGACUGGAAAAAGCCCAGCGAAAGAUCCCGCCAUCAACUCCAACAGAGAAUGACGAUCUUGCGUUAUGGGAGAUUGCCAGUGCGGAUCUCAAUGUCUGUCUCUACCAAAAGUUUAUGAACGAGUCUGCGCUCUACAAACUUCAAGCCGAUAUCAACCAAUCACGGCUAUUUCGCAUCGAGUCGGGGCUGAAUGAGCUUCUGUCCCUCUACGAGCUUCGCCAGGUCACGACGGUGUUCAUCCGGAUCGGCUCUCUGCAGAACUGGAACGGGAAAACAUCACUCGCAGAUGCCCAGCAAGCCAUGGCAAUCGCUCAAACCGCCCUGAAGAAAUACGAAGGAUCGCUGCGGCAGUUUCACGUCGAUGACAAGGGUGCGGUGAUGCUGCUCUUCUUUGGGCUGCCACCUUUGGCGCACGAAAACGACGCCAUAAUGGGGCUGAAGACUGGGCUCGAGAUUUGCCAGCAGUACAGCUUCCUGUUCUCGGAGUUUUCGAUAGGUAUAACGACAGGAGUGAUCUCGAUCGGUGGUGUCGGCAAUUCCGUCCGGACAGAAUAUGCACUGAUGGGCGAUUCCAUCAAUAUGGCCGCUCGGCUCAUGUUCCUCGAUGCCGCGAGUGAGUCUAUACUCUGUGACGAAAGAACCUACAACCUCACCGAGCGGGCCUUUGUGUUUGAUAGUCUCGGAGAAGUCAAGGUCAAAGGAAAAGACCACCCGAUAUCGAUAUUCCGCCCAAAGGAGAUCCGACAGGAGGCUGAGGAAUCCAAUCGCCGCUUUGCCCACGACGACCAAUUGGAGAUGAUUGGCAGGUCCAAGGAAAAAUCGACCGUCAUCGAUGCUAUUUCUUCAGUAAAGUCUGGAGGCAGUGAGGCGGCCUCCAUUGUCGUGAUCGAAACAGAAGGCGGACAAGGUCUAUCGACAUUUGUGAAAUGGUCCAAGCAAGAAAUCAAAAAGCGAAAGUGCUUGGCAUGGUAUGUAAACACAGUAUAUCCGCACAUGACCACAGCAUCGACGGCCUCGAGGCGAUUCAUAUCCACGCUUGGCUCCGUUGUUAUAUCCCUUUGUCCUUUCCCGACGAUUCGCCAUGCCUUCUUGGCAUCCCCUCGGUCACCAGGAAUGCUGGGUGCCUUCUCCUGCUUGUGCCCGACCGAUAGUGCGCAUUGCUGA